AUGAAACAGUGGUUCAAGGCAGCCGUCGGGGACAUCCAUAUGGCCGGUGCGCUGCUCGCAUCUCCGGGGCUGAUCGCGAUGUACCGCUUCGACGCAGUGGUUGCCACCGAGACCAAGGACGAGGAGGGCAGCUUCGGUCUCGACUGCAAGGUCCGGGCGGGCGGCGCAUCAGACGACAGCAGCUUGUGUAUCACCGCGGGCGGCGGGGGCGUCGUGAACGACCACCUGCUUUUUUCGGGCGUCGAGUUCAUGGAGAGCCUGGCGGACGUGCCGGCCCUUGCCGCCCACACGGUGGAGCUCUGGGUCAGGACGGCGUGCAGCGCGUGCGGCCUGGCCUCGCUCCCGUCGGGGGGCUCCCUGCUGCUCGGCCCCGACGGCCGCCUCGCCGCCGCGGCGCCGGGCGCCGCGGAGCCGCAGACCUGGGCCAGCGAGGGGCCCGCCGUGAACGACGGCAGAUACCACUUCGUGGCCCACUCGCUCGGCAGUAGCCACGGCGAGCGCCUCUUCGUCGACGGCGCCCUCGUGGCGCAGCGCAGCGCGGCGGCCUCGAGCGCCGACGGCUGGGCGGCCGCGGCCUCCAAGAUCUCCUUCGGCGCGGCGUCUGCCGACAUGACCAGCACGGCCAUCUUCACGGGAGAGAUGGACGAGGCGGCGGUCUUCUCCACCGAGGUCACUGCGGCGAUGCUCGCGAUGCACAUGAACGCGGCGACGUGGGCAGGCCGCGGCCCGACGUUUGCCGAGCGCCACCUGGCCGCCCCGUGCCAGGACAGCCGCGUGGUGCAGAUAGUGCCGCCCUGCGGCGACCGG